UCGCCUCUCACUUCAGCUACAUUUCACAAGAUGCUUCCAAGAUUCCAGUCGAAUCUUAUACAAGGCAAUUCUCUUUCUUGGAGUUUGUGUCUCAUAAGAACAGUGAUUCCCCGGCCAAUCACCGCCAUUCGAUACUUCAAUGUUGGUAACCAAUCAGGCAUCCAUUGGUGGGGAUCAGGCACCCACAUAUUUGACUUUGUAUUAAUAGGAGCAGCCAUGUUUCUUUCUUAUGUUACUCCUUUACUCCAAUAUAUAUCAUCAUUCCUAACUGCUGUACGUCCUUGUUGGUUUUCUCUCAUUGAUGUCGGCCUCCGCUGGAGCAAUGCUUUCCAUACACAUAGCACUUGAGCGCUAUUGUGGACGCUAUGGGUCUUGAAUCCAUGAACAGCCGGUUGGUUGACGAUAUUGUUUCCAGUGUAUGUAUGACUCGAUCGCUCGGCGCGCGGUGACUGACUACAACUCAGGAUCUGGAAAUUGUUGUCUUCGAGAUGAUCGACGGAGAGCUUCGCGCUGCAAUACUUCGUAGGAGUCGUUAUGAUGCGGAGAAUAACCCGACCGUGACGGGCAAUGCCAAUAUCCUUGUGGUAUUCUUUGUAUGGGAACAGCUGAUGUCUGUUCGUCCGCGCUUCAUUCAUCGAUGCAAUUUUCAAUCAGAUAUCGCCAGGUUCGUUGCCAACUCACCGCAAUCUUUUGCACCUUCCGGCACUCCAUGAGUAGCGGCAUAUACCCUUGCAGUAUCUGACCAAGAUAAUAUCCUCAGUCAUGUAUUGGUCAUUCAAGAUACAUCGUUGAGCGCCUUCCUGGGGAACUGGACGUCUUGCUCUGGAACUAUCGCACACGUCAUCGCGUCCGCUCCCCAAGAAGGCGCUCUUACAAGUCAACAAUACCAAAGUCGCGUUCGCGCCUUCGCCCAAGUCCGCGUCCACGCGUCACGACCACACCAGGUCGCGUUCUAAUCGCGCGUUGUUUUGUUAUUGUUUUGCGUGUCAAUUGCACGUCCCAUUGACUUACUCGGCACACGAGGGUUUGGCCUCCAUUUGACAACUUCGCCUCACUUGCCUGGAUAAGUGUGUGAAUUUUGCUGCGGUAUAUUUCACGCAAUUGGUGUCUCCUUUGCGGAGAUCAAUUCCAUGACGGCGACAAUGUGGUCCUACGAUGAGACUGGCAUUGCCCACUUCACGGGCCCAGAUAUUGAUGAUGGAGAUGUCAUCAUGGAGGACUCUACAGAUCCCUCGCCGGAUAUCGACUGGUUGGCGCAACUAAACGCAUUUGCCUCGUCGCCUACGACAGAGCAGGAUAUCAUUCAGACGCAUUCAAGCACCGAAACCCAAUUCAUGAUUGACUCGGAGACUGAUUUCUUGGAAUCGCCCUGUGGAAGAUUCAGUGAUCCUAUACCACCCAUCUUCUCGGUCACGACGAAAAACCGGGGCAAACCAAUCCAGCGCCGCAAGUCUGUUGUUCAGCCCAACCUUCCAGUGAGACGAAAACUAGACUACCAAUCGACGAUUAGAACACCAUCAACUGGAAUUUUGUCCGAGAAUUCUUUGUCCCUCAAUAAAUUGAAGCUAAUCGAAUACUCGCCGCCUCAUCAAUGGAGCGACUCCCAACGAUCGUUUCUGUCUGCUUUGUAUCAUCUAUUUGAGCCGGACUAUCCACUGUACACAAAACUCUUCAACAGCUUUCACGGCUUGAGCUUGUCAGUGAAUAAGAUAAGAUCUCAAGUGUCCCACCUGAAUGUUUUCUACACGGCCUUCAGCAGGAUCCAUGGAGAUAUUCAAGCUCAAGUGGACAUGUGGACUUCAAUUACCACACUCUGCCGGAAAGAAAACGUACAGCUAGUGCCUCGUAUCACUGCCCUCACUGUAGGUGUCAACAAAAGAACAGCCCAAAGAACUCAAAGACGACUGAAAACACUCGUACGCCAAGCCUCGGACAAGAACACAAACGACCUGACAACGAGCGUCGAUCCACAAGUCCAGACUCGAAAUUUUGCCGUCUAUGUCGACGAGGAUCUCGAACAAGUUGUCGACAUAGAAUCCACGGAUCCGCACGGACAAUUCGGAUACUCGAAGUCCCAUAGCUCUCCAUUCUCUGUCGGAUUUGGUACGCUCACAUCCGAACACUCUUCUCUCUCUCCUGCAUCUCUCUCUACGGGAACUAUGGGGCUUGUCCCUGGUUCUAGUAUCGCUUUCAGGGUAUGGGAUAACAACUCGGCAACAUCAUACUCAUCAACACGAGGUUUUACCGCUGCUCUCUUUUCUAGUGACUGGACCCAGGCUAUGGCCUCCCCGGAUCUAAGUAUCAACGAUCAAAUGUCUCUACAAGCAAAAUCGAAUAUGAGCGCUAUUCAACUCUGGGCGCGGUCACAUUUGUCAAUGACCUCAAGGAUCCCCUCUCCAUUUAUUUCAUGUUGCACAAGCCUUGUACAAGUUUUCAAAUACGCGUCGACCAUGGACAAUCCAAUGCUCGCAGUUAUUGAUCUAAGCAAGAUUAAACAAUGCAACGUAGUAGCUGCGAAGACGGUGCUCGAAAAUCUAAAAGCCCAAAACCAGGCGACAUGGGCUAGAUACAAGGCUAUCUACGAGAAGAUGUGCUACGGAAACAUUCCUGCUGAGGCUUUAAUAUCUGUCACACCAUACCUCAGUCUGAUCAAAUCUUUACCGGGGAUUGACUGGACAGUAUUCGACGGUCGGCCGACUGGACGAGUAGUAAAAGCGCUCUCCACUCACAAGGUUACAAUCGAAAAAAUAGCCCACGAGUUAGGUUAUUUCACGAGGGUGUUACUUGGAGGCCUCGAGCAUAUUGGGGUUAUUCCAUCUGUCGUCAGGAACGUUAUUGAAGGAUUUGGUAUUAUUGCUUCGCGCUCGGAGGAGGACCGCAACUGGGCAUCCACACAGUUCACCCGAGCAUUUUUGAAUGGCGAUUACCAAUAUCAUGCACAGGUGGCAGAAGCAUUUUUGCACGGUGUAGAGCUGGCAGAAAAAUGCUGGAAGCCGACCCCACGAAAGCGAGCGAAUAAUACAAAUGAUGGGGCUGCUUUGGGUUAA